AGGACCUCUUCUCCAUCUGGUCCUCUACCACAUCCGUCAUGAUGUCAUCGAAAUUUCGAACAGAAGACGCGUGGAUAAUAGGCCAACGAAUGGCAGCACGUCUCGACCAUGAAGCCUAUCCCCUACAUAAAGCCGCAUUCUUUAACGAUACACAUUCGAUAGUGCAAUUGCUGAGAGCCGGUCGAAGUCUAUCGGAAAAGGAUACACACGGAAAUACGGCAUUACAUAUUGCGACGAUGUUGGGACAUCGAGAGGCUAUAGCCAUUUUAUUGGCCAAUAAUGCGCCUGUCAGAAUUAAGAAUAUUGAUGGAUGGAAUCCGUUGAUGGAGUCUGUUAGCUAUGGGGAUCGGCAGAUUAUAACCGAAAUGCUGCGAAAGCUGAAAACGCAGACAAACGAAAAAAUGUCACGUGGAAAACCGCAUCUGAUGAAAAUGUUUCAAGAUCUCGGCGAUUUUUAUAUGGAAUUCAAAUGGGACUUUCAAUCAUGGAUUCCACUAUUAUCAAGAAUACUUCCAUCAGAUGUUUGUCUAAUUUAUAAAAAGGGAAAUCUUUUGAGAAUGGACACAACGCUCGCGGAUUUUAGUGAAAGGAAUUGGGAACGUGGAGAUAUCACUUUUUUGUUCAAUGUGGAUGCACCGCCUGGCGAGCAACUCGUUGUGAUGGAUAAUAAGACUAAAGUUUUUCAGCGUGGACGACGGGAAGAAUCCGAAGCUGAAAUUGAUGAAGAAGUGGAUGUACUAAUGUCAACAGAUAUCGUAAAUGCACACAUGUCAACGAAAACCGUCGGUUUCAAACAAGCCUACUCGGGAUGGGUAUUCAAACAUGCAAGAGAAGAACAAAUGGGCGAUUUUCCUGUCAAUUUUUAUAGUGUUGAAGGGUUGAAAUUAACGACGCGGAAACGUAGGGAACACUUGACAAGUGAUGAUGUUAAGAAGAAUAAAUCAAUUUUGCACAGUUUGACCAGUGGACAUACGGUUAAUGAUGAUGAGUUUUCGAGCCUCCAACACCGAAAAUCGCUACCCCCACCGGGACGUCUUCCAACAACAUGGGAAGAAUAUUCUGGAGCUGCUCCAGGAGCCCCACCACAAAUGGGUCGACCACAAAUUGUGAAGACGAAUGAAAAACAGUUUAAGGCUCUUGUUGGGAUGAGUGAAGAAUUCCCGUUAUCAGUUGAUGUACUCGUUGAUUUAUUGGAAGUUGUUGCUCCGUUCAAACAUUUGGAUAAGCUGAGAAGAUUCUGCUCGGCGAGAUUACCGCCCGGAUUCCCUGUUUGUGUUGAAAUCCCACUUCUCGCCACAAUCGCCGCUAAAGUCACAUUCCAAAAGUUCCAGUUCACAAAUGACAUUCAGGACAAAAUGUUCACGAUCCCGACGUCGUAUCGUGAGGAUCCGACGCGAUUCCCCGAUCUGUAAUUACUACUAUACUAUCUAAAUAUAUACAUGCAUUUAUUUAUUCUGUGCUAUAUAAUCGUAUUUAUCACCAUUCUAAACUUUGUUUCUUUUCCCUUUUUCUCCCCUCGAGACCCUUUUUAACAACUUUUUUCAAUGUAAAACUACGGGUCGCUUAAUCGUAUUUCCUGACCAAAUCCUUCUCUCUCUCUCAGUUCAACUGAAACUUUUAAAAUUAUGUUUUUGCGUAUUUUCUCUGUCUCUCUCUAUGUAUUGUAUUUACCUCCCCCCCCCCCCCCCCCGAUCUACCCGAAUCCAAUUUAUUGCCCCCCAGCCAAAUUGUGUGCUGCUGCUGCUAUUACAUUAUUCCACACUAUAUAUAAAUUAAAAGCGGAUCAUCAUCACGCUGAAAAGCCGAACAACAUUAUAUUA